UAGUCGAAGAGAUAUAGAAAUUCACGACAUAUAUUGUUCUUCAACCUCAACGUCAAGACCCCGAUCCAUUUUUGUCUUUAGUUUCACUAGUGAUUAGUGAAGAGGCAGAAUCAAGAUACUAAAAACAGAUGGAUCAACUUCUUUCAAACCGUUUCAAUGUGGGAUCUCUCCCUGAAGACUACAUAUUCCCACCAGAAUUAAGACCAGGAGACCUCAAAGUCCCCUUCAGCACCAACAUCCCAGUGAUUGAUCUCAGUGAAGCACAAAAUGGUGAUAGAACUAACACAAUUCAGAAAAUUAUCAACGCUUCUGAGGAGUUUGGAUUCUUUCAGGUUAUCAAUCAUGGAAUCUCGGUGAACUUAAUGGACGAAGCAGGGGGUGUUUUCAAGGAGUUAUUUGAGAUGCCGGCUGAGGAGAAACAAAAAAUGUGUUCAAAUGACCCUUCAAAGACAUGCAAGAUGUUCACUAGCAAUGUCAAUUAUGCAACUGAAAAGGUUCACCUGUGGCGAGACAAUUUUAGGCACCCAUGUCAUCCUUUGGAGCAGUGGCAACAUCUCUGGCCUGAAAAUCCAACUAACUACAGAGAGUGUGUUGGGGAGUUUUCAGUUGAAGUUAAAAAAUUGGCUUCAAGGAUCUUGAGUUUGAUUAGUGAAGGGCUUGGUCUGAAGAGUGGAUAUUUUGAGAAUGAUCUUACUGGAUCAAUGGUUCUUUCAAUUAAUCAUUAUCCACCAUGCCCUGAACCAAGUUUGGCACUUGGAAUAACUAAGCACUCAGAUCCAAAUCUCAUAACCAUUUUAAUGCAAGAUCAUGUAUUUGGCCUUCAAGUAUUCAAGGAUGGAAAUUGGAUUGCGGUUGAGCCUAUUCCUAAUGCAUUUGUGGUAAACAUAGGCCACCAGUUGCGGAUAAUCAGUAAUGGUAAGCUACUAAGUGCUGAGCACAGAGCAGUGACAAAUUCAAGUGAUACUCGCACCUCUGCUGCUUUCUUCGUAGCUCCUUCAGAGGAAUGUAUCAUAGAGCCAGCACAAGCUCUUACUGCUGAACAUCACCCUCCAAUUUUUAAGUCCUUCAAAUACAAAGACUUCAUCUCUUACUACUUUGCCAAAACUGGUGAUACAGAAGUAGUGCUGAAAUCAUUUAAAGCACCCAAGAAUUAAGUGAAAUGUUGAAAGCAAAAGGUACAUGUGAUAUUCGAUGAUGUAAUGAAGGGAAACUUUGGUUUCUCCCUGCUUGUUUGUCUUAAUUUAACGGUAGAAAAGAUCCUUCAAGAAAUAAUUGAAAAAAUAUUAAUUGGUUUAA